GCAAUUAUUCCCUGCGCAUAGUCUUCGGGUCCAAGACUCUGGAUCAUAUUCGCUUGCUAUAAAGCUCAGCACCUUGGACGAGAAAACGGUGCAUUAUAUACAGAAAAGAAGCUGAACCCAUCAAAGAAUUUGACCCAUACUGUGUGUUUUUUUUUUUCUUUCUCUUUGGUUUCAUCCUCUGAUCACCAGAAAAUGAAUGCGAAUCAUUUGCUCCUUGAGGAGCCCAUACGGAUGGCCUCGAUCCUCGAGCCCUCAAAGCCUACUGUCUUUCCAGCGAUGACGAGGAUUGUCGGAACACUCGGUCCGAAAUCCCGAUCAGUUGAGAUAAUUUCCGAUUGCCUGAAAGCGGGAAUGUCCGUGGCAAGGUUCGAUUUUUCAUGGGGUGAUACUGAAUUUCACCAAGAGACAUUGGAAAACUUAAAGGCAGCAGUUAAGAGUACCGGGAAGCUCUGUGCGGUAAUGCUUGAUACUGUGGGUCCAGAGUUGCAAGUUGUCAAUAAAACUGAGCACCCCAUUUCCCUUCAAGCAGAUACAUUGGUUGUCCUGACACCUGAUCAAGAAAAAGAAGCUACUUCAAAUCUAUUACCCAUAAACUUUAGUGGGUUAUCAAAGGCAGUGAAGAAGGGGGACACUAUAUUUAUUGGUCAAUACCUAUUUACAGGAAGUGAAACUACUUCUGUGUGGCUGGAGGUCACUGAGGUCAACGGUGAUGAUGUGGUCUGUUUGAUAAAGAAUUCUGCUACUUUGUCUGGGACAUUGUAUACUUUGCAUGUCUCCCAAAUCCGUAUCGAUCUACCUACACUCACUGAUAAAGAUAAGGAGGUUAUAAGCACAUGGGGUGCUCAAAACAGUAUAGACUUCCUCUCAUUGUCAUAUACACGACAUGCAGAAGACAUUCGCCAUGCCCGUGAGUUUCUUUCUAAAUUAGGUGACCUCCGCCAAACUCAGAUUUUUGCGAAGAUCGAAAACGUAGAGGGAUUAAUUCAUUUUGAUGAGAUCUUAAUGGAAGCAGACGGCGUCAUUCUCUCUCGUGGAAAUUUGGGGUUAGAUCUCCCACCAGAGAAGGUGUUUUUAUUUCAAAAGGCUGCUGUUUACAAGUGCAACAUGGCUGGAAAGCCUGCUGUGGUUACUCGUGUUGUGGACAGUAUGACUGACAACUUGAGACCUACUCGGGCCGAAGCAACAGAUGUUGCCAAUGCAGUAUUGGAUGGGAGUGAUGCGAUUCUUCUAGGUGCAGAGACCCUUCGGGGAUUGUACCCAGUUGAGAGCAUUUCCAUUGUUGGAAAGAUAUGUGCAGAGGCAGAGAAGGUUUUCAAUCAAGAUCUGUAUUUCAAGAAGACUGUCAAAUAUGUUGGAGAACCAAUGACCCACUUGGAAUCUAUCACUUCCUCUGCGGUACGUGCAGCCAUCAAGGUAAAGGCCUCUAUAAUCAUUUGCUUCACAUCAUCUGGAAGAGCUGCAAGGUUAAUUGCAAAGUACAGGCCGACAAUGCCUGUCUUAUCUGUUGUAAUCCCCCAGCUUAAAACAAAUCAACUCCGCUGGACUUUUACUGGUGCUUUUGAGGCGAGGCAAUCACUAAUUGUUAGAGGCCUCUUUCCUAUGCUUGCAGAUCCUCGACAUCCGGCCGAGACUAGAAAUGCAACGAAUGAGUCGAUUCUAAAGGUUGCUUUGGAUCAUGGCAAGGCCUCUGGUCUUAUAAAAUCACAUGAUCGUGUAGUUGUCUGCCAGAAAGUUGGUGAUGCUUCUGUGGUGAAGAUCAUUGAGCUUGAAGAUUAGAAUUAAUAUUCCCCACUCUGAAGAUUAUAUAUAAAUUUGUGCAUCAAGACACCUAUAGUUGGAAUUAUGUAACGUUUCUUGCAUAAAUCUCUACACAGCUUUUUGAGCUUAUCUUUUUUCUCUUCUUUUCUUCCUUUUAUGGGCAUAAAAGAGAGCAAAACUAUUAAAUGAAGAGAUAACCCCUUAUAGUUUACUAUAAGGUUGCAAUCGAGGUGAAUAGAGUUGAAUAUUGACAGUUAUUAUUAUUAUUUUUUUUAAUUUAAUUUUGUUUCAUGCAUAAAUUGA